CGAUCCUGAUAUAGAUAUCUUUAUGAAGGUUAGAAAUGAGACCACGACUAAGGAACAGUCGGACAGCUUUCUGAUUGCAGAUUUUGCAUGCUUAUAUUUUCUUUCUUCUGAUAUGCAAAAUAUGGUCAAAAACAUGGAUUAAUGCCUGUAAGAGCUUCUAUGUAUCUUAAUCUUCUGCAGGCAGCUGCCCUGGAAGGGCAGGAGACUAAUAUUGUUACCGAUUAUAUACUCAAGAUUCUGGGACUUGAAAUCUGCGCCAACACGAUGGUGGGAGAUGAAAUGAUACGAGGCAUCUCUGGUGGACAAAAGAAACGAGUCACGACUGGAGAGAUGCUCGUGGGACCUGUCAAAGCGCUCUUUAUGGACGAAAUAUCCACUGGCUUGGAUAGUGCGACGACAUUCCAAAUAGUGAGCUCACUCAGACAGUCCAUACACAUCCUCAAUGGGACUGCUCUAAUAUCCCUCCUCCAGCCUGCGCCAGAAACUUACAACCCGUUUGACGAUAUCAUCCUUCAUGAUGGGCAAAUAGUGUAUCAAGGUCCCCGAGAAAACGUGCUCGAGUUCUUUGAUCACAUGGGUUUUAAGUGUCCUGAAAGGAAAGGAGUAGCUGAUUUCUUGCAAGAAGUGACUUCAAGGAAAGACCAAGAGCAGUAUUGGGCGCAUAAGGACUCCCCUUACAGGUUUGUAACCGUCAAGGAAUUUUCCGAAGCAUUUCAAUCAUUUCACAUUGGUCAGAAAGUCGGCGACCAACUUGCGAUCCCGUUCGACAAGUCGAAAGCCCAUCCAGCUGCUCUAACAACUAAGAAGUACGGGGUGAGCCAGAAAGAACUGUUGAGAGCUUGCAUUUCGAGGGAACUUUUGCUAAUGAAGAGAAACUUAUUUGUCCAUAUUUUCACAAUGUUACAGCUUAUGUUUAUUGCUUUUAAAAUGACGGUGUUCCUACGGACUAAGAUGCACCGAGAUACAGUGAUGGACGGUGGGAUUUACAUCGGUGCUCUCUUCUUCUCUUUUACCAUUGUAAUGUUCAAUGGAUUCUCGGAGGUUGGCAUGACCAUCACGAAGCUCCCCGUUUUCUACAAGCAGAGAGACUUCUUCUUUCCUGUGUGGGCAUAUUCGUUACCCACAUGUAUCCUGAAGAUUCCGAGCACUCUUGUAGAAGUUGCUAUUUGGGUGUUCAUGACUUACUAUGUCAUAGGCUUUGACCCUUGUGCUGGAAGGUUCUUCAAACAGUAUUUUCUGCUGCUAUGCCUACAUCAGGUGACGUCUGGAUUAUUCCGGUUUGUUGGGGCAAUAGGAAGGAAUAUAAUCGUGGCAGGUACUUUUGGAACGUUUGGAUUACUGUCCAUUGUGGUCUUUGGCGGAUUCAUCAUAUCAAGAGAUGAUGUUAAACCAUGGUGGAUAUGCGGUUAUUGGAUCUCCCCAAUGAUGUAUGGACAGAACGCAAUGGCUGUAAAUGAAUUUCUUGGAAAGCAGUGGAGACAUAUUCCACCCAACUCCACAGAACCUUUAGGAGUUUUGGUCCUAAAGUCCCGUGGAAUUUUCCCUGAAGCACAUUGGUAUUGGAUCGGAGUAGGAGCAUCAAUUGGAUACAUUUUUCUGUUCAAUAUCCUGUUCACUGUCGCUUUGAAAUAUCUUGACCCAUUUGGGAAGCCUCAAGCUGUACUUUCAAAAGAGACACUGGCAGAGAAAAUCGCAAGCAAGAAUGGAGAGGUCAUUGAGCUAUCAUCAAGGGGGAGCCAGAGGUGUACAUCUGAAAAAGAGACUGGACGGCGAAGAAGCACCACAUCAGGAACAUUGUCUCCGAGAGUUGGGAGAAUAAACGAUUCAGACCCCAAUAGGAAACGAGGAAUGGUUCUUUCGUUUGAACCGCUUUCCAUUACUUUUGAUGAUAUCAAAUACGCCAUAGACAUGCCCCAGGAAAUGAAAGCUCAAGGCAUUCCCGAAGAUCGACUGGAACUUCUAAAAGGUGUAAGUGGUGCUUUCAGGCCAGGAGUGUUGACAGCUUUAAUGGGUGUCAGCGGGGCAGGAAAGACCACUCUAAUGGAUGUGUUGGCUGGAAGGAAAACCGGUGGAUACUUUGACGGGAUAAUCACCAUAUCUGGGUACCCAAAGAAGCAAGAAACAUUCACUCGCAUAUCGGGAUACUGCGAACAAACCGAUAUCCACUCUCCUCACGUUACAGUUAGUGAGUCCUUGGUGUAUUCCGCAUGGCUUCGAUUACCUCCUGAAGUGGAUUCUGAAACUAGGAAGAUGUUCAUUGAAGAAGUGAUGGAGCUCAUAGAGCUUACCCCGUUACGAGAAGCGCUAGUUGGGUUGCCUGGUGUGAAUGGCCUAUCCACUGAGCAAAGGAAAAGGCUGACAAUUGCAGUGGAGCUCGUAGCCAACCCAUCAAUCAUAUUCAUGGACGAGCCUACUUCUGGCCUCGACGCCAGGGUGGCUGCUAUAGUAAUGAGAACGGUUAGAAACACAGUUGAUACAGGACGAACUGUUGUUUGUACCAUCCACCAGCCAAGCAUCAACAUAUUUGAUGCUUUUGAUGAGCUGUUGCUUCUGAAAAGAGGUGGAGAGGAGAUCUAUGUCGGUCCAUUAGGCCAGCGUUCCUUACACCUGAUCAACUACUUCGAGGUGAGCUCACUGCUGUGCAGUAAUAGACUGAGUUUAGAUUACAUUGAGCUUUAA